AUGCCGAGCCAAAUAGUUGGAAGUUGGUUUCCAUCAGGCUACCAUGGACAUUUCCGAAAUAAAUCAAGAAAUGAUUUUGUGUGUGAAUAUAGAAUUUUGGCCAAACCUCAACCUCCAGAAAAAUUCCUGAGGAGAUCAAUGGUACCAAGAAGUAAUAAUGUGUUCUCCCACCAUGAUAACAGACAUUCCUUUAUGAAUGAUGCUAUGAUAUUUGAACAGUGGUGUUUACGUGUUUUCUUUACCUCUACAAUAUUAAACAGAUCUCUAGAUGGUCUGCUCACGAGCUACACAGAAGAGGAUUUGACAAUUAUUCCACCUAACUGUGUAGUUGUUGAGUUUUUUAGACAGCAGGGUUUGGGAAGAAAACGUAUUAAGAAUUCAACCUAUGCCUUUAAAGAAAAUUUUAUAACAUGGAUGCCAGAAAAACAAUAUGUUGAAAGAAUGAGGCCAUUGUUGUCAACAUACACGAAUGAUUUUGAACAUGUUUAUAAUCCAGUCUACAAGCAACAACAAAUAGUGGAUCGGCCAAAAACAUCAUUUGAUGGAACACCAACCACAACAUAUCGUUAUAGUCACUGUAAUGGCUCACCCAAUCAAAACACGAUCAAUGCUAUGAAUAACGAGGCUUUAAAAUUAUCAACAUACACCCGAACUAGGGAACGUGUUAAAUCAGCACCAAGAGUUCGGGAAACAGUGGCCAGUUGUUUAAGUUGGUACCGACCAAAACCUCCGUCAUCACUAAAACCACAAAUAAACUCUAAUGAGACAGAUGUUCCCAAUGAUGUACCAUCACUUAAUUUACCUUCACCUGAGCAAUCUCCUGUCAGUGAAACACAGGUUGUUGCUUCUUCUGAGUAA